AUGGAGUUGGAUUUUGUUUACUGGUUUAACAAGUCUUUGAAUGGUAAAGUCCCCUCCCCUUCCAAAGGUCGUCGGAUGUCGAGUGUUGGAGGAAGUGUAAUAGAGAGUGUUUUGAAGGAUUUUACCUUAUUUGAAUAUGGAUUAACUUUGGUUAACCCUCAAUUUAGGUCAGUGUUGAGAUUUAUUCUCGACACUUACAUAAUCCUAUAUUUGAACGUUGCUACUCAUUUUCUGGGGAUUCAUAGUAAGCUAAUCGAGUUAAGUUUACUGACUCAAGGUUUAUGUCCUGUUAGUUCUGCUUACAAUUGGAAACAAAUGUUGACAGUGUUUACAGUGCAUAUGUUACAUAUUAAGCUGAUUAAGUGUGUUUACAGUGCAAAGAUGAUGCGUGAUGAUGAAUACAGUACACUGGUAUCAUCAACACCUUAUGGAAGAAGCAUUUCACGAGCCAAUGACUACGAAGACACUGAGAAAUUUGUCUGGCCAUGGAAAGGCAUUGUGGCUAAUUUCCCUGUUGAGCUUGAAAAUGGAGUUUAUGUUGGAAAGAGUGGAAACAAGUUGCUAGGUGAAACUGUUGUAAACGGUCUUGACCCUUGGAAGGUGAUUACUUUGUGGAGUCCUCAAGGUCACACUGGGUUUACUGUCGUGAAUUUUGGUAAAGAUAUUAUGGGAUUUAAGAAUGCAAGAUUAUUUGAGAAAGACUUUGAGUUAAAUGGCCAAGGAAGAAGAGAUUGGUACUCAACAAAGGCUCGUGGAGAUAAACUUUUUGGAUGGUUGGCAAGGGAGGAAGACUACAUCUCCAACAGUCCUUUGGGAAAGCAUUUGCGUGACAAUGGCAAUCUCAAGACCUUUGCUGAUAUUAAAAAUGAAAAAGAAUGGAUGGAAAAAGUCCCAUCUUCAAGCCUUGACCAGACCAUUCAAGUAAAAGACAAGCAAAAAACAGAAAUGCAAAAAAUAGAAGUCCUCAGUGAGACAUGUGCUUCUUUAGAGGAGGUGAUGAAAGAAACUGAUAAAAUGACGCACACUUUCAAUACAGAGAUGGAAAGGAUGUGGAAACAGAUUGUUGAUGACAAAGAGAAGAUACUAAGUGAACAUGAGAACUUUAUGCGCAAACUAAGAUCACAGAUAUAUGAGCUAGAAAAACAUGAAAAAUUGUCUGAAAGACGCGAAGCUGAUUUUGAAGACAAAAUAAUCAAGCUUCAACAACAGAGGAAAUUGAAUGAGUUAGCAACACAGGAACAACAUCAAUUAGAACAGAAAGUACUAGAACUUGUUGAGAAGCAUGAGAGGGAAAAAGUGGCACUCCAGAAGAGAAUCAUUGAUCUGGAGAAAGAGAAUGAUCAGAGGCAAGCGUGAAGAGUUGCAGAUUGAGUGUGAUGAAC